AUGGCUGAUGUUAGGAAGUCGUCGCGAGCGACAAAAGGACAACAUCCGAAAGCUCAUGAGCUUGACCAACCUGUCGAAACUAAAAAGAAAGGAAAGAAGGGUGGAAAGAAGACGGCCGUUCAAGAGGAAGAAGAAGUUGAGGUUAUUCGUUGUGUCUGUGGAGUUACUUCGACUACGGACGAUGAUGAAGCUGCUUGGAUCGCUUGCGACAAUUGCGCUGUCUGGCAACAUAAUGUUUGCGUGGGAGUGAGCCCAUAUGAGGAAGAUACACCAGAUAAAUACCUUUGCGAACAAUGUGCGCCGGAUGCCCACAAGGAGCUUCUAGAUGGAAUUGCUCGAGGUGAACAACCUUGGAUAGCAAGACAAGAGAAGCAUGAAGAGGAAAAGGCAGAGCAAGAGAGACAAGAUGCAGAGGAAGCCGCGAGGAAGAAGGGAAAGAAAGGAAAGAAAAGAUCAAGUGACCAAAAAAGCGAUGUAACUCCUGCCAAUGGAAAAAUACAAUCCCCUUCAGUUCCAGCCAAGAAGGAACCACAGAAAGACUCGCCUGCGAAGAGUUCCAACCAAAAGCGAAAGGCAAGGGAUGAUGAAUUACAGGAUAAAGAGAUUAUCAAAGAAUCUUCAUCAAAAGUUCGCAAAACUAUGUCUCGUCCUACACCUAGAGCAUCUCCACCGUCAGAUUUACCUUCCAAAAUUACGGAACUGGAAGCCGAGCAACAAGGUCAGGCAACGUUGAUUAAGAAAGGUUUACUUCAAGCCAUCCCACAUGCUAUCGAAGACCGUUAUUACACCUUACGACCUGAUGAUACCAUUGAUGCCAAGGCAGAACGACUUGCUAUUCAAAUAGAAGAAGCCGUUCGUAACACGCACCCAAAUAAGUCAGCCUCCAUCAAACAAAUACGCUCGAUAUUUUCCAAUUUAAAGCAAAAUCAAGAACUUUGUAAUGGUUUAUUGUCACAGUCAUUAACACCCCAGGCCUUAGCGGUCAUGACGACUGAUGAUAUGGCGAGUAAUGAGUUGAAACGUGAGACAGCAAUUAUGAAGGCACGAGCUGAUAAACAAUCGAUCAUGAUUACGGAUGAUGGCCCUCGAAUUCGCAGAACUCACAAGGGCGAGGAAAUUAUCGAAGGAGACAGCAACCCUAACGAGUACUCCGAUAUUCCAAUGUCUGCAGCACGUCGACGCGAAAUGUUGGAUCCGAAUGCUGGUAUGGGUGAUAGAUCUAGGUCUCGCUCACCAGAAAACGAGGUUGAAGUCCCAGAAAUUCCUGAGGACUAUCCAUCUCGAGAUAAAGGUCGCACUUCAUCAACACCUAGAACACCUUUGAAUAUUGAUACCAAGCAACCAGCUUUAAGAAAGGGUUCCACACAAGGUUCAGCAACAGGAAAUUUUGAUAUCAACAAAGUCUUCUCGAGUGUUCAAUCUCCUCAUCCUUCUUCCAACAAACAGCGCGGUAUGGAUCAUUACAGAAGAAUGUCUGGAAAUGCACCGCCUGCGAAUGGACCUGGAGACGAUCCUGAUGUUGACAAGAUGCUUCAAGAUGAUAACGAGUCACCACCUUACUCUCCAGUUGAAGACAAUCCAGAUCCGGAUAUUGUUUGGAGAGGUACAGUGAGCAUGGAUUCUGUAGCAAAGUUCUCAGCAUAUGCCAAACAAGUUGCUGGUCCCGAUUUGAGUCGCAAUCGCAUGCAAACACCAUGGUCUGAGCUUCUUCACAAAGAUUUGAAAGUUCAUGGUAGGAUUGAUGCUGAUAAAGCCAAUGAAUAUUUAUGUGGCCUUCGAUAUAGUCCACCAUCUGAUGUGGUCAUUAUUAACAUCACACCAACCUCCGCAUCAUCAGAUUUCCUUGAUCUGUAUAGUUACUUUCAUGACAAGAAACGUUAUGGAGUACUUACUAACAAAGGUCCUGGAAAUGUACGUGAUACAUAUUUAGUUCCAGUCCCUCCUGGACCUGGCAAUAUCCCGGAUUUCGUCGUCAAUCUUUUAGAACACAACUUGCCGGAAGAGAGACCAGAGCCUUCGUUACUAGUAACCUUAGUUGUUCGCAGUGGAUGGGAACAACCUUCAAGAAUUCAAUCCUUUGAUGGUUCAGCUGAUCCUCACAGUCCUCUUACAGCUGGUGGGAUCGCUCAACGACAAAUGUCAAUAAAUCAUUCAGGUCCAGCUAUGUCUCCUAGUCCUAUAGUUCCUCAAGGUGGUUUUCACCCUUCGACUCCUAUUGGAAAACCUGAUGAAAGAUAUCAACAGCAAAAUGCAGAAGAACAAAGACGAAUUGCACAAGCAGAAGGUGAAGCUGUUGCGUUGAGGAUAUUGGGCGAGUAUGCGAGAGCUCCAACCGUUAGUUUCUUGAUGCCACAAGCUUACCAGAUGAGAGAUCUGGAAUGGCAAGCUAUCAGGAGUAUUUUGGAGAGAGAUGAAAAGGCACAGAAUGAUUUAAAGCAUUUGAGUGAAGUUCUGGCUAGGACUGGGCCUGCGUAG